AUGUGGGGAAAAAUUGUUAGUAGUGUCUCUAAUGCCCUAGAUUUUAAUCAAGCAACCCUUAGUGGCUGCAUAGAUAUUAUUUGUAUAGAAUCUGAAAUAGAAAAUAAAUUAAAAAAUGACAAAAUAGAAGUUAUAUACAAAUCUACUCCUUUUCAUGUACGUUUCGGGAAAACCAAAUUAUUACGAUCGAAAGAAAAAAUUGUAAGCAUUUUAGUAAACGGGAAAAGCACUAAUUUACAUAUGAAAUUAGGAAGUGCAGGAGAAGCAUAUUUUGUUGAAAAAACAUAUGAAGACGUUGAAGAAGAUCUAGAAACUUCGCCUUUGUCCUCCCCACGUAAUGAAUAUUAUUAUUUGUAUGAUGACCAACAUAUUGAUAGCUGUAGUAUUGAUGAAUCACUUAAUAAUUUCAAAAGUGAUGAAGAUGACUCAGAUAAAGUUUUUCUUAUAAAUACUGCUGAAGAAAGAAAAAAAUCAACAGAUAAACAUACAAAAACAGAAAGAAAUAAAAGUAAGAAAUAUAAAGAUACAAAAGAAGAACAUAAAAAAAAUAAUUCAUUCAUAAAAAAAGAAAAACAAGCUGAAGAAAAUACUCAUGAUAAAAAAAAUCAUGGAAAUGAUCAAGAUAGUGAUAAUGAUGAUGAAGAUGAAGAUGACGAUGAUAUUAUUGAUCGUAAUAUUAAACAAUUUAAUCUUAGUGACAAAAGAAGAGAAGAAUUUGAUGAUCAAAAUAUAAAUUCUGAAUGGUCUUGGUCAUGGGGAAGAUUACCACAUUUAAAAACACAUGAUGCUGUUUCAGACAAUAAUAAUUCUAUCAAUUCUUCUGUUAAUAAAAAAAGACAUAAAAAUAAAAUUAAAACAAAAACAUAUUAUAAAAAAAGUGAAUCUGUUAAUGAACAUGCUACCAGUAAAGAUGAUCCAGUAUAUAUACCCAAAAGAAAUCUUAGUGAAUCACAUGUCAGAAAAACAGGGAAAAAAAAAAAAUUAAUCAAAGACAGAAGUUACGAUGUACACAAUAAUGGAAAAAAAAAAAACAUACAUAAUAAUAAUACCAACGUGUCAAACAAAGAAAAAAAAAAAGAUAAUACACAACAUCCUUCAAAAGACACUAACCCAAAUAAAACACAUCAAAAUAAUCAUCAUGAUCAAAUUAAAGAAACUUUAAAAAAGGAUAGAAAAUUUAGCGACCCGACAGGUCUUAGUCAAGUUAAACCAUCUAAUGAACAAAAAAGAAAAACUAUUGCACAUAUAAGUAAUCAAAAAAUAAAAAAUGAAAGUAACAAUAAUCAAUCAAUGAAAGAUCAAAUUGAACAAACAAUCAAAGAAUCUAAUACAAAUAUGAACUUAAAAAAUGGGAAACUAAAAGAAAAAGAAACUAACAUGGAAAAGAAAGAAGCGGAUGGAGAUAAAAAAGGAAGUUUAUUAGAAAACAUGUUAAAAAAUAGUAAUAAUAUUAGAAAACAUUCUAAAAAUAUUAGUAAAUAUGCUGAUAAUAGAAAAAAAUCAGAUAAUAAAUUAAUAGAUGUAGAAAGUAAAGUUAAAGAAGUUGAAAAAGACAAAGAAAAAGAAAAAGCAAAGGAAAAGGUUAAAGAAAUUAUGAUAGAAAAAGUACGAGAAAAAGAAAAAGAAAGAGAAAAAUUAAAAGAACUGGAAAAAGAAAAAGAAAAGUUAUAUAAGAAAGGGAGUAUUAAAUCUAAUGAAAAAGAUAAUACUAAAAAUAAUACAUAUGAUAAUACAAAUGAUAAUGCAAAUGAUAAUGCAAAUGAUAAUGCAAAUGAUAAUACAAAAGAUAUCACAAAAGAUCAUACAAAAGAUAUCACAAAAGAUCAUACAAAAGAUAUCACAAAAGAUCAUACAAAAGAUAUUACAAAUGAUAUUACGAAAGAUAAUAUAAACGGACAUAACAAAAAACAAUUAAAAAAAGGAAUAGAUAAAAAACCUAGCUCAUCAUUAGACGAUUAUACACAUAAAGAAAUAGAUUCAAAUGAUGAUAAUAAUAAUCAUAAUGACAAUAAUAAUAAACUAAGUCAAUCCAAAGGAGACCAGGAUGCUAUUUUUGAUGAUGAUAUUCAGAAUAGAAUAGAAUGUAGCUUGUGUGGUCAUCUUUUAUUAAAUCAAAAUAUAGAUAACGAACAAAAUGAUUAUAAUAUAGAAAUACAUAAUAAAAACAUUUUUGAAGCUAAUAUUGUUACUUAUGAUCAAAUAGAUAAAAAUUCCAAUUUAUGGUAUCAUCCAUCACUUGUAUUUAGAUUUGAUAAAAAAGAUCCUUAUUAUCCUUCCAGAGUUGCUUUACCUUUAUUAGCAUCUUGGGUUGUAUUCAAUCAACCCUUAUCUAUUUUGGCUGUGGAAAAAUUACUAAAUUCAUCCUUAACACUUUCUGAGGUAAAGGAUAAAAGCUGGAGAAAUUGGUUUGGUGUCUCGAGUGCAGAGUAUGAUAAUACAACAAAUAAUAAGAGUACGAAUAAGGAUACAAAGACAAAUAAUCAAAUAGAAGAUAAAAAAAAAAAAAAAGAACAAGGUGAUAAAAGUAAUAUUAUAGAAAGAAAAAAUUCCAAAGAUUCCAAAAGUAAAAGAGAUACACUACACUCAUUACAUAAUCAAAGUGAAUUAAGUAAAAGAAGUAGUGUUAGACGUAGUGAAGAUAGAAUCCGAGUAAGAUAUCGUAAAUCAUUAAGGCCAACAUCUGAACAAUUACAGUCAUUAAAUUUAAAAGAAGGUGCUAAUACAAUUACAUUUCUAGUUACAUCUUCUUUACAAGGUACCAAAAGUAUAACAGGAAAUAUAUACUUAUGGAAAAAAAAUGCGAAAAUUGUUAUAUCAGAUGUAGAUGGUACUAUAACUCGAUCAACAGUAUUAGGACAUAUUAUGCCUAUUGUAGGUAAAGAUUGGUCACAUGUAGGUGUUUCUCAACUAUUCAACAAAAUUAAUAAAAAUGGAUAUCAUAUCUUAUAUCUAACAGCUAGAGCUAUUGGACAAGCAGAUUCAACUAGAGAAUAUUUAUUCAGACUAAAAAAAAAUGAUAAUAAUAAAUUGCCAGAUGGCCCUUUAAUUUUAAGUCCAGACAGACUCUUUCCUUCAUUCAAAAGAGAAGUUAUUGAUAAAAAACCUUACAUUUUUAAAAUAGCAGCAUUAAGGGAUAUAAGAAAUCUAUUCCCCCUCAAUCACAAUCCGUUCUAUGCAGCUUUUGGAAAUACCGAAAGUGAUCAUAGAGCUUAUAUAUCAGUAGGAGUACCGGAAGCAAAAGUUUUCAUUAUAGAUAACAGAGGAAUUGUCCAUCACGUUAAUUCGACAUAUGCAAAAACUUAUGAAACUAUGAGUGAAAUAACAGAGCACAUGUUUCCUUGUAUUAAAAAUGAUAAAAAGAGAGAGGAUGAUGAUCAAUAUAAUUCAUUUCAAUAUUGGAAAAUCAAUAGCUUAUCCUUUUAUGAAAAGUACAUGAAUGUUAGUGACAGUAGCUAA